AUGUUCACUUCUAGAUGGCGAUUUCGUUUCUGCUCAACGCUCCAGUCCCGCUCUUUUGCCACCUAUGACCCAUCCAAGAUUAGAAACAUGGCGCUUGUUGCGCACAUAGACUCGGGGAAAACAACUUUAACGGAAUCGAUUCUUCUUAAUUCCUCUUAUCUGUCCUCCUCCGGCUCUGUCGAUAUGGGAAGCACUACAACAGACUUUUUGCCCGUUGAACGCGAACGGGGAAUCACCGUACAAUCUGCUAGUAUACCGGUCAAGUGGAAAGACUGGAUCUUCAAUCUUAUUGACACCCCAGGACAUGCAGAUUUUGGCAUGGAGGUUGAAAGCGCAAGCAGAGUGAUCGAUGGUGCUGUAGUUUUAAUUGACUCCGUGGAAGGUGUUGAAGCACAAACCAAAGGUGUAUGGAGGCAACUAGAUAGGUAUCGCGUUCCUACCAGAAUAAUGUUUCUCAACAAGAUGGAUCGGCCUGGCGCGUCGUACAAGUCCUCCUUACUCUCACUGCUCAACAACCGCUUGCAUCCUCACCCUAUGCCACUCACGCUUCCAAUUGCUUCCUUUGAUCCCCAUCAAUAUUUGCGCGGGGAACCUGGCAUACAGGGUUUAGUGGAUUUAAUCCAUUGGAAUAUUUGGAAAUGGGACAGGGAAGGUCAGGCGUCAUGCCACCCUCUGCCAGAAGAUUUGCAAACAUCCGAUCUCCUUCCACCAACACACCCAAUUAUUCCUCACCUUGUUUCAGCCCGAACACAGCUGUUGGAAAAUCUUUCCAUGUUUCAUGAAGACUUGAUGGAGCACCUUCUCAACGCGCCCUCUGGGCCCUCAGCAUACCUCGGUAUAGACAGCCGACGUAUCAUUCAACAUUUACGAGCAUCUACCUUACGUGGCGAAGUGCUCCCUGUCCUUUGUGGCUCAGCGAUAAAAAAUAUAGGGACGGAUUUGUUGAUGGAUUACGUAGGGGAGUUGUUAGCUAGCCCCUUGGACGUAUCCCAUCCCGCACAAGGCAAAAAUCCUCCCGUACGACUGCUCGCUUGGAAAGUUAAUUGGGACAAAAAACGGGGAUGGAUGACUUUUGUGAGAGUAUAUUCAGGCACACUCACUCGUCAGAGUGUUAUCCUGAAUACCAAUAGAAACCAAAAGGAAAAGGUGUCAAAACUCCUUCUGCUGUAUGCCUCAGACAGUCAAGAAGUCGACGAACUUCCCUUCGGAUCCGUUGGCGUCAUUCUUGGAUUGAAAUAUACCCGUACUGGUGACACUCUCGUUUCCUUAGGAGGUGAAACCAAUCAGCGGUUCGCACCGCGAGACAUCAUCCCGCCCACUGCGGUCAUUUCAGCAUCAGUCGUUCCUCUGUCCAACUCUGAUUUAGAGCCCGUUCAAGAGGCUCUUGAAUGUCUUGUUCGAACUGAUCCAUCCGUACGAGUAGAUUCACAAGAGGGACAAAUUUUGGUUCAUGGUCUCGGUGCUCUCCAUCUAGAAGUCGUGGAAGGAAGGUUGAGGGAUGAGUGGAAUGUGAAGUUCGAAUUUGGUCAGCGGCGGGUCAGUUAUCGUGAAGGGCUGGGAUCUGGUGUUCCCCAAACAGGAUGGAAUGUGUGGGAGUCCGACGUUGGUGGUAAACGCACUUCGGUUGUAGUGCCGCUCAAAGUUCGACCAAUGCAAGUUGAGGAGAAAGGGGACCCAACUUGGGAUGGAAACAUCGUCGUUGAUCACGAGGGGAACCCAUUACCUCCACCCGAUGCUUCUUCUGAUUUGGCAAGCAUCGUAGAUGGGCUCGCGAAUGCUCUUUCUAAUUCUCCGCAUUCAUCACUUGCCAUGAGCCGCAUUCACAUCCAAAUCAAACCCUCGGACAUUCUUCAAUCCAUGCCGGCUUCGUUGAUCACUGGUGCAACAGCCACUGUAUUGCGUAACCGAGUCCGUGAUGCAGGUCCAGGGCCGCUUAUGGAGCCAUAUGUGUUUCUCAAGAUAUCUGUGAACGAGAGUAGCCUCGGAAAGGUUGUCAAGGAUCUCACCGAACAUGGCGCGCAAGUCUUGGACCUCAGUGAGGGAUCGGCGAUUGGAGUCGAUGGUUCAGAUGAAGCUGUAGGUUUUCCAACGGACAAUCUAUAUAUCCCACCAUAUUGGCUUUCCCCGUCCGGGGUCAACUCUUCGGACGCAAGUCCAUCUGGUGGACGGUUGAAAUGUUCGGUGAACGCGAUCGCUCCACUGAGUCGGUUCUUUGACUAUUCCAACCGUCUCCGCGCCAUGUCGGAAGGAUAUGGCACCUUUGAAAUGGCCAAUGCAGGUUUUAAGGAAGUCUCUGAUGCUCGUAAGAUGGAUAUCUUACGUGAGAUAGGACGAGCGUAA